AUGGCCAGAUGUAUCGACAACAACGGUGUCGCAUACCGAUGUAACACAGCGUGGUAUAAUUGGGGCAGAUGGGUCGCCCUCGCCAUCAUCAUCAUCGGCGCAUUCCUCAUCUUCUUCCUCUUCAGCUUGUGGAGCGCUCGCCGAAGACGUCGCCUGGGCAGACAACCUUUGUACGGCACAGGAUGGACAGGCCGCACACCCUGGGGCCAUGCGCCUGCCCAGUACAACCCGGGCUUCCAGCAAACCCAGCAAACGCCUUACCAAGCGCCGCCUACCUACAACCAAACUCAGAGCUACGGAGGCUACUACGGCCAGAACCAAGGGUACUUUGGCGGAAGACAGACAGACGUCGAAAUGCAGCCACCGCCAAACACCUACCGGGGAGGAGAUGAUGUCUAUACUCCCCCGACCGGACCUCCACCAGCCAAAAAGUGA